AUGCAGUUGGAGCAAAAACAUGGUAGUGAUAGCAUCGAUGAGGACAUUAGAUGGCUGGCUCGCGGCCCAUUGGAUGCAGCAAGAAGACACAGAGCCUUUAGCAUCCGGGGUUUUAGAUUUAGAGCCAAAAGUUAUGACAAGACGGCGCAAAAUAGUGGGGUUGUUGUGACUGCAAAAACAUCAAGUUAUUCUUCUACAGGAGAUACUAACCCUAUCCUUGGAGAUAUUACCUACUAUGGCAGGAUACUUAAUAUAGUUGAGUUGGACUAUUAUGGAAGAUUCUCAGUGGUGUUGUUUAAAUGUGAAUGGGUUGAUGUCACUCGAGGAAAGGGAGUGAAAACAGAUAAAUUUGGAUGUACACUUGUGAAUUUCUCACAGCAAAUUCACAAGGGUGAUAGGAUUGAACAUGAGCCUUUUGUAUCUGCCGAUCAAGUUGACCAGGUGUUCUAUGUCGAUGAUGACUAUAACAACCCAGGAUGGUCAGUUGCAUUGAAGAUGAAGCCAAGAGAUGAUUUUGAGAUGGGAGAAGAAUGGAAUGAUGUAGAAUGUGAACCUUAUCAUGUUAGUACUCUUGAGGACCUUUUUGCUAAUUCACAUAAUAGUCGUUCGUGGAUUAGGAAAUAUAUAGAGGGUACAACUGUACAGGAAAAAGAUGUAGAUCUUAGUAGAAGUUCUGAUGAAGAAGAUUGA